AUGGGAGAAAUGGUGGAAGAGGGGCUCAAGUCGAGCAAGAUCAUGAGCUACUCCGCUAUAAAAGCAACCACACAGGCAAUCCAGAGUGGUGUCGGAAGUUUGCUAGGCAACAAGAAGAAGGACGAUGUCGCUAUGGUUGUUUCUGGACCAUGGCAUGGCCAGAUGGGUUCACCUCAUCAGUACACCCAUUCUCGAUCCCAACCUCAAGCCUACACCCAAGCUCCAUAUAGUCCACCCCAACAUUACUUUCCCUCACACGACCCACAAUACUCAGCCAGACCACCCCAAUACCAUGUUCACCAUGCACAGUCAUAUGCUCAACCCCCUCCUUACCCGCAAUGGCGUGCUCCAGCCCCACAAAAUACUUAUCCAAAUCCACAACCCUACCAAUACCCUACUGGUUCAAAUUUUCGACCAAGGUUGGAGUAUAGAAGAGAAAGGCAGCAGCGGAAACAAUCUUUCACCCCGCCUGGAGAGUCCUAUGCCAGUUUGUUUCAAAGGUUGAGGCAGUUGGACGUCUUGAGGCCGAUUGAGUCAAAGAUACCAAAUCCCCCUCCAAAGAACCUUGAUUAUUCCCUCAGAUGCGCCUAUUGUUCUGAUGCUCCAGGGCAUGACAAAGAGAAGUUCUGGCAUUUGAAAAGGGCAAUCCUGGAGCUCAUUGAUACAAACCAAAAUGUAGCCCAAAGCCUAGACAUGCCGAACAUCAACCAAAACCCUUUGCCAGCCGAUGCAAAGACGCAUAUGAUUGAAAUAGUUCAUAAGGAUGGGGAGCCCAGGAAGUCUUCCAAGUCUGUCAUGAUGAUUCGGGCCAGUGAAAGUAAUUUGGUUAAAGCUCUAGACUCUACCAAAGCAACGCCCUUAACAGUUGAAGGGGUGACAGAGAAGCUGAGCUCGCUCGAUUCGAAGACACCAGUGUUGGUCGUGAAAGAGCCUUCGAAAGAUAUUGGGGCAAUGACCCAGCUGCCAGUGGUGGAUACCAAGGUUGUUCCGUGGAAUUACAAACAAGUGAUAGUGACAUACAAAGGAAAAGAGGUCGAGGAAGAAGUCAAUGAAACUGGAGGAUUGACUCGUUCUGGAAGAUGUUUUACCACAGAAGAAUUAAGGAAAGCCAAGCCGUUUAAGGAUAGUCAAAUGCCAGUAAAGAAAUCGGUCACCAAAGAAGAGGCUGAAGAGUUCCUGAAAAAGAUGAAAGUGGCCCUGAUAAAGAUUUUGAAUGAGGCACAUGUUCCUGAUAAGAUCACAGUGAAUCACUUGGAAAAGAUAGCUAACAAGAUCUUCAAAGUAAAAAGGAUCACUUUCUCAGAUGAAGAACUUCCUAUGGAGGGUACGGAACACAACCGAGCUCUUUAUCUCACGGUGAAGUGCGAAGAUUCUGUUGUUUCAAGGAUUCUAGUUGACAACGUCUCUAGUGCAAAUAUUUGCCCUCUGUCUACUCUACAAAAGUUAAAGAUCGGCUUCGAAAGAAUCCACAUGAACCGUGUAUGUGUUUGA